AUGGCAACUCUAUGGAAUGAUACCGAUACGGAUUCUAUUAUUCCAUGGAGAAGUAUGACUCAGGAGACUGUCACCACCUCUUUUACUUCUAUUUCUAGUAUCGAGGAGACUGAUGAAAUAAAAAAAUAUCGUUAUUUUUGGUGGAAAACUGGCAACCUGCAUCCGAAGGCCAGGUGGGAGAAAGCUAUUGAAAAUCGAUUUGCAAAAUUGGAACAGAAGCAAACCCAGGUUAUCACUAAUGAACAGGAAGUAUCCCCCGUAAAAAAUAUUUCACCACCUAUCGAAGAUCAGUCCAAUAAAGAUUAUAGUAUUACUCUCGAUUCCAUGUCCGAACAUAACUCAACCCAGACCCAAAGGAGCGAAUCUAAAUCUCUAACUGAUCCUGAGUCGUCUAUCACUUCUUUGCCACAAGAUAUUAUUGAUGCCGAUUCAGCCGAGACUUUAGAUUUUGUAGAAAGGAAAUAUAAAGAAUAUGUCAGUGAAGAGAGUACAUUUUCUGACUCACUUCAAAAUCUCAUCUCACGAAGUAAGGAUGGCCUUAUGUUUAAAUUAGAUCAAUCAAAGAUAAAGUUUCCAUGUCCUGAGCCCAAAUUAUCUACUGAUCAAGCACAAAAUGACAUCCCUGAAGAUAAUGAUUCUAAACACAUAGCAAAGGCAACAAAACAAUUUCUAAUUAAUUCUCAUAUAAAGAUUUUAGACUGGUUAUCAAACUUGUCAGAUCUUAACUCUAUCAAAAAUCUGUGA